AGAGGGUGUUGUUUGUGCUAGCAAGCUUUUGUGUUACAUCAAUCCAACAUGUUCAAUUCUGUUUGAACCAUUUCGCGGCCAAUGUUUAUGUUGGACCCCCUAAGGGGAAUGAUUGGUUCGAGAAACAAGCGGGUGGGACGAUUGACAUUUCAUGCGUCUCUUGGAUGGAUUGGUUCUAUGGUGGGUUGCAAUUCCAGCUUGAGCACCAUUUGUUCCCUCGGAUGCCUAGGUGCCAAUUGAGAAAGGUUUCGCCUUUUGUGAGGGAACUAUGCAAGAAGCAUGAUUUGCCGUAUAGGAGUCUUUCCUUCUAUGAGGCCAAUGUGCAGACAAUCAAGACUCUCAGGGACGCGGCCUUGCAGGCUCGGGACCUCACCAACCCUGUUCUGAAAAAUUUGCUUUGGGAAGCCGUCAACACCCAUGGCUGA